AUGCAGGAGGGUAUCCGGGAUCAUGGGAUGGACGAUGGACAAGGGGGUCAGCACCAAUCAGUUGGAUGGAUCGCCUCGAUCGGAAAUGCAUUUUGCAUUUUGCAGUACCCAAAGUCGGGGACAGUCUGGAAUGUUAGGCUUGCAUACGCGGAUGUACCUGGGUGGAGAACUGGCAAAUGCAUACCUGGAGUGGAAUGCACAUGCACAGAGAGCUAUGGAGAGAUAGUCGUCAUUGUCGUCAUCAUCCUCCUUCAUCGAGAUGAUGAUGAUCCAUUCACACCACCGGGGCCGGGGGGAGAUGUCUGGCUCACGGUGCACCUGAAGAACCUGCGAUACUUUCCCCAAAAGCAAAAAGGGGGGGCAAAAGUUCCUCCCCAUGCUCUCUCCAGUCCUGGUCCGGCAGUUUGUACCGCGGUUCCGCGGGUCUACCCGCGUCGUGUUCUCCAAAAUAGUGCAGUUGAUGAGUCUUAA